CGAUUUCCUGUCUGGAAUAGAAGAAUUGCCCCUGAAAAACAUCGCAAGUGCAUUGUUAUCAUUCACGCUUCAGGCGCUUGAUAACCCUGCAUUUGAUAUCACGAUGUACAGCUCGAAGAGACGUUCUGACCUGGUCGCGCCGGAUAUGGAUGAAGGAUUUGGUACAGGACUCGAUGCGCUGCCUCCCAAGAGGCGUGCUCGCAAUGAACCUCCAUCGAAGCGACGUCGCCAAACCGCAACCACGCCAACGAAUCCCAAGAUCAUGAUCGACUUGACCGGCUUCUCCGAUAGUGCAGAAACAGAACCUCCAUUGGAAAAGAGCAGAAAGAAGGCAACCCCAGCGACCGAGAAGCGCGCCAAAAGAUUCAGAAACCAUGCACCGCAGUCAUACCUCGAAAAGCUCUAUCGCGCAAGAACUCAGAAGAUGUUUGUUAUCCGUCGCACCCGUCAAAGUGCGGGAGGUGUCCCGGAGGAGAAAGUUGAUAUGGUGGGGACGACUGGGAAUAUCUAUACGGUCACCAUUUCGACGACGCCUUGGUGUUCCUGUCCCGAUUCGAGCAAGGGGAAUCAAUGCAAACACAUCGUAUACGUCCUCGUGAAUGUGCUGAAAGCUCGAGCUGAAUUACAAUAUCAACUAGCGUUUCUCUUUUCGGAACUGGUGGAAAUGCUCGGAAAUUCACCUAUUCAUCCCGUUAGAUCCGACUCCGGUACCAACACCGACAAAGCAGGAAAGCGCAAGCCGAUCGAAGGUGACUGUCCAAUCUGCUUCAUGGAGUUUGAUGCGCAAAACGAGCAAAUCGUCUGGUGCAAGAACUCAUGUGGUAAUAAUAUCCACAAAACCUGCUUUGCGCAAUGGGCCGCAACUACGCAGAAGAGAAAGGUGGAGUGUGUUUAUUGUCGUGCUGAGUGGGAGUCGGAGCUAGAAAAUUUAGACGCCGAAUCUCUCUUGAGGAGUGAUCGCGUGGGCGCAGAUGGUUAUGUUAAUGUGGCAGCUGAACUGGGUUUAUCAGGUCGGCGGGACUAUUCUACCUAUAACCAGUUCUGGGUGGAUCGCCAUCUUGAUCGUGAGCGGUACUAUCCUUAUCGUUCAAGAUACUAUCGAUGAACUAGCCCCUUUGCUGCUAAUAUGCAAUGCACUGAAGUAAUCCAUAUGUUCCCACUGUUUGGAAUCCAAGGCGAACGGCCAAGGCGUUGGUUUGUCAACAACUUAGAUACCAAUUGACUGACUUUCCUA